GUUCGCUUUUCUUCUACUAUCAUCAAUGACUAUCACCGUCAAAAUGGAGCCAUCUUUCCAAGGCAACCAAUUCUUCCCCGGCACAGCUGCCUACAAGCGUGCCAACAACAUCUACGCCACCUCCACCUACGGCGUAAGUCGCGACAUGAACCCCUCCGAGAUCCUUCAACCCGCAAGUAUCGAGGACAUUCAAGAGGUUGUCAAAGCCGCUGCCAAGAUGGGCAAGCCCCUCGCCAUCAGAUCUGGUGGCCAUCAAUACAGCGGUGCAUCUUCAACUGGCUCCCAGGGUAUCCAGUUGGACUUGAAGCCUACCUUCCGACGCCCCAAUGUUGAUCUAAAUAUCUUGAGGGAAAAUGGCAAGGUGUACCUUCGCUCGAGUGUCAGCUGGCAACUCACUGAGAUCUUUGACUUUCUCAAGGAUAAUGGUGUUUUUAUGCCGACUGGUCAGUGCUCUACCGUCUGUCUUGGUGGACACGUCCAGACCGGUGGUUAUGGCAUGCUUGCACGAUCAUUUGGUCUUCUUGGAGAUUAUGUCCGAGAGCUUGAGAUCGUUAACUACAACGGUGAUGUAGUCAAGGUCACAAAGGACACCCAUCCAGACCUGUUUUACGGGUUUCUCGGAGGCAGUCCCGGCAACCUCGGCGUCCUGACGCACUUCAAGAUUGAAAAAGGAGAAGAUGCCAAGCUCCCUCGGGGUUAUGACUUUACUGUCAACAUUGUCAGCAGACAAGCCAAUCUGCUGGAUCUUUUCCCUGGCUCUGAAGAUGAGCUCAAGCAGAAGCUGCCAGACAAUGUCCACGACGGGAAGGACAAUAUUGCUGAUCUGCUUAAGUUCAAAUAUGCAAUGAUUGUCGUAUACGCACAAUGGGUCAAUCUCAAUGAGGAACUAUAUUCCCCCGAUCUCUUCACCCAGAUCAAGAAUGUGCCUAAUGAGUUCAAGAUUGUCAAAGAAGCUCCCGAGGGUGCUCCAAUGUCUGCUAUCGCAGCCAUGUGGUUGUUCGGAAGCCCACGCGAGUUUCCCUACCCCUACGACAAGCGCACCAACAGCACUACCUCAACCGAGCUCUCCAAGGCAGGCUGGCCAUCUUGGUUCUCCGGCCGUAUCAACGAGGUGAUCAAAGACAAGCACAACGGUCUCUGGGUCUCAUCCCAGCUUCAGGUCUACGGCGGCGAGCAAUCCAUGUUUCGCAGAAAUGCAGGCAACGGUACAGCUUACUGCUUCCGAGAUGCUACCUUUGGAGGAACCUGGGAUGUGUUCUAUCAGGGUACAAAGGAAGCAGCUGAGAAGUGGCAGGCAGUGAAUGAUGAGGGCAGAGCGAAGUACUUUAGCAAGGAGGAUCGACGUGUUCUCUGGGGAUCGUAUGGUGAUUGGAACAUGAAGGAUGUUUGGCAGUUCUACUACGAUCCACAGACGUACAAGAAGAUGCAGAAGAUCAGGCAGACGUACGAUCCCAAGGGGACUUUUACUGCGAACCCUUUCUGCGUGGAGGCUUUGAAGUAG